CUUUCCGAUAAAAGGCUUGCACUGAAACGUCAAGUAUGUUUGAUUUCUCAGAGAAUCUGUUUUAAUCGUUUUUAUAUUUGAAUUUUAUAAACAAAGCAGGAGAAUGUUGAUGCCAAAAAAGAAUCGUGUAGCCAUUUAUGAGUACCUCUUUAAAGAGGGAGUUAUGGUUGCGAAAAAGGAUUAUCAUGCACCAAAACAUCCAGAAUUGGAAUCAAUUCCAAACCUUCAAGUCAUUAAGGCAAUGCAGUCUCUAAAAUCUAGAGGAUAUGUCAAAGAACAAUUUGCCUGGAGACAUUUUUACUGGUACUUGACAAAUGAAGGCAUUGAAUACUUGCGUGGAUAUUUGCAUUUACCUCCAGAAAUUGUACCUUCUACGCUUAAGAGACAAACUAGAUCAGAAACAACAAGGCCACGACCUGCAACGGGUGCAAGAAGUGAAGCAUCUAGACCUACGGAAGAUCGUGCUGGAUAUAGACGAGGACCUGGAGGACCAGCUGGUCCUGGUGACAAGAAAGCUGACGUUGGUGCAGGUACUGGUGACGUUGAAUUCCGUGGUGGAUUUGGUCGUGGUAAACCACAAUAAUAUUUUAAUGUAAAAUAAAUAAAUCUUUCUUAACAUAACA